ACACUGAACACACGGAACCGGUUGUUUCACCCAUUAUAACACGUAUCGAGACGUAAAAUCUCCUGUAUCGGAGAAAAGGGACACGCAGUGGUCAUCAGAGAGCAGAACACUUAACUUUUUUAUUUAAGUGUUAUCACUAAAUAAUAAUACACCAUGAAUAACACUCUAAACCAACAUUAUGAGGAGAAGGUGCGGCCCUGUAUCGACCUUAUCGACUCCCUGCGCUCCCUUGGUGUGGAGAAGGACCUUGCGCUGCCAGCCAUCGCCGUGAUAGGGGACCAGAGUUCGGGAAAGAGCUCGGUGCUGGAGGCGCUGUCUGGGGUGGCUUUGCCAAGGGGGAGUGGUAUUGUAACACGAUGCCCUCUCGAGCUGAAGAUGAAGAGGAAGAGAGAAGGAGAAGAAUGGCACGGAAAAAUCAGCUACCAAGACCAUGAGGAGGAGAUUGAGGACCCCUCUGAUGUGGAAAAGAAAAUUCGUGAAGCCCAGGAUGAAAUGGCAGGUGUGGGGGUGGGUAUCAGUGAUGACCUCAUCAGCCUAGAGAUUGGCUCCCCUGACGUCCCAGACCUCACACUCAUCGACCUGCCAGGCAUCGCCCGGGUAGCUGUCAAAGGUCAACCUGAGAACAUUGGUGAACAGAUUAAGAGACUGAUACGGAAGUUCAUCAUGAAGCAAGAAACAAUCAACUUGGUGGUUGUGCCAUGCAACGUUGACAUUGCAACCACAGAGGCUUUGCAGAUGGCACAAGAGGUGGACCCUGAAGGGGAAAGGACGUUAGGCAUCCUGACCAAGCCUGACCUGGUAGACAAAGGCACAGAGGAGACGGUGGUGGACAUAGUUCAUAAUGAGGUUAUCCACCUGACUAAGGGCUACAUGAUAGUCAAGUGCAGGGGACAGAAAGAGAUCAUGGAGCGAGUCUCACUGACCGAGGCCACAGAGAGGGAGAAGGCUUUCUUCAAAGACCACGCUCAUCUCAGCACACUUUAUGAUGAGGGCCAUGCCACCAUCCCUAAACUGGCAGAGAAAUUAACUCUUGAACUGGUGCAUCAUAUCGAGAAAUCCCUGCCUCGUCUAGAAGAGCAGAUUGAGGCAAAGCUGGCAGAGACACAUGCCGAGCUGGAAAGAUAUGGUACCGGACCCCCUGAGGACUCGGCAGAAAGGAUGUACUUCCUGAUCGAUAAAGUGACUGCGUUCACCCAGGAUGCCAUCAACCUGAGCACUGGGGAGGAGCUGAAAAGCGGAGUUCGUCUCAAUGUCUUUUCCACACUCAGACAAGGGUUUGGGAAAUGGAAGCUACACCUGGAUCACUCUGGAGAAAACUUUAACCAGAAGAUCGAGGGAGAAGUGGCUGAUUAUGAGAAGAAGUACCGUGGAAGGGAGCUCCCAGGGUUCAUCAACUACAAGACCUUUGAGGUGAUGGUGAAAGACCAGAUCAAACAACUGGAGGAACCAGCAGUCAAGAAACUGAAGGAGAUUUCAGAUGCCGUUAGGAAGGUGUUCUUACUGCUGGCUCAGAGCAGCUUCACUGGAUUUCCUAACCUCUUGAAAUCAGCGAAGACAAAGAUUGAGGCCAUUAAGCAGGUGAAUGAGUCUACAGCUGAGUCCAUGUUGAGGACUCAGUUCAAGAUGGAGAUGAUAGUGUACACACAGGACAGCACCUACAGCCACAGUCUGUGUGAGAGGAAGAGGGAGGAGGAAGACGACCAACCCUUACCAACCCAUAAGAUAAGGAGUACGAUCUUUAGCACAGACAACCAUGCCACCCUACAGGAGAUGAUGCUGCACCUCAAGUCCUAUUACAGGAUAUCCAGUCAGCGUCUGGCUGAUCAGAUUCCCAUGGUGAUCCGCUACCUGGUGCUGCAGGAGUUUGCUUCCCAGCUGCAGAGGGAGAUGCUUCAGACUCUGCAGGAGAAGGACAACAUCGAGCAGCUGCUGAAGGAGGACUUUGACAUCGGCAGCAAGAGGGCUGCACUGCAGAACAAGCUCAAACGCCUGAUGAAGGCACACAGCUACCUAGUGGAGUUCUAGUAUGGACAGCUGCUUGUUAACAUUUAGGAUGGUCUUGAAUUUUUUUUAAAUUGAAUGUAUUUUUUGGGAGGAUAACAGACAUAUUCAACUAAAUGUACAAUGUGGACCCAGAGGAUAUCACUUGAAAGUAUUAAUUAAAAUGCUUGUUUCCAAA